AUGUGUAUGUAUGCAGGUGUGUUUGUGUGUACGUUUUUGUGCACGUAAAAGGAGUGUGUUCACACAUUGUCUUUUUCUUCUAACCCUGUUUUCUACUCCCUGACCGCAUUAAAGGUGCAUCAUUUAGCAGGCCAACCAAUCAGAGGUCAGCUGUUUGAAUUUAUGCCAGGGAUUUUUGGCUUGUGACACUUAAGUUGUGGUGGCAAAAGCCAGUAAUUUCAAUUCCUAAAAAAAACACUGUCCCAGUGAGACAAGAUGCCCUAUACGCCAUCUGGUUUUUUUUGCGACCGGUUAAUCCGUGAAAGAGAGAGAAGAGAUGGUGAAGGAUCCCUGAGCAAACCCAUUCGUUUCAGUGGCCAGGACUACAAUACCCUCAAGCAGGAGCAUCUCCAGAAGAAGGGCCUUUUUGAGGAUGAAUCCUUCCCUGCCACUGUUGACUCCCUUGGCUUCAAAGAGCUGGGUCACAAGUCCAACAAAGUCAAGAACAUUGUCUGGAAGCGUCCCAAGGAGAUAUGUGAUAACCCACAGUUCAUUGUCGGAGGUGCCAGCAGGACAGAUAUCUGCCAGGGAGACCUGGGAGACUGCUGGUUGCUUGCAGCCAUUGCAUCCUUGACUCUGAACGACAAGCUGUUAUAUCGUAUUGUACCUCAAGAGCAGAGCUUCUCUGAAGGCUAUGCUGGAAUUUUCCAUUUCCAGUUCUGGCAUUAUGGCGACUGGGUGGAUGUCGUUGUCGAUGACCGCAUUCCCACCUUCAACAACCAGCUGGUGUUCACCAAAUCAGCUGAAAGGAAUGAAUUCUGGAGCGCUCUGCUGGAAAAAGCUUAUGCUAAGCUUCAUGGUUCCUAUGAGACUCUUAAAGGUGGAAACACUGCUGAGGCGAUGGAGGACUUCACCGGUGGAGUGACUGAAUUCUAUGAGAUGAAGGAGGCCCCCAAAGAGCUGUACAAAAUCAUGUUGAAAGCUCUGGAGAGAGGCUCCCUCAUGGGCUGCUCCAUUGAUUCCCUGGUUCCAGCCCGCUUUGAAACUCGUACUACAACAGGACUUGUGAAGGGUCAUGCCUACUCUGUUACUGCUGUAGAGGAGUGUAAACAGUCCCAGCAGAAGGAGUCUAAAGUUCAUCUGGUGCGUCUGCGUAACCCUUGGGGUCAGGUAGAAUGGAAUGGACCUUGGAGCGAUAAUUCAAAAGAGUGGGAAACCAUCUCUAAAGCGGAAAAAGAGAAACUUCAGCAACAGAAUGCUGAAGAUGGAGAAUUCUGGAUGUCAUUUGAGGAUUUUAAGAAAAAUUACACCAAAAUUGAGAUUUGCAACCUGACCCCUGAUGCUCUGGUGGACAAUAAAUUACACAAAUGGACAGUGUCUGUUAAUGAGGGACGCUGGGUAAGAGGAUGCUCCGCUGGAGGAUGCAGGAAUUAUCCAGACACAUUCUGGACAAAUCCACAAUACCGCCUGCGUCUCUUGGAGGAAGAUGAUGACCCGGAGGAUGACGAAGUGGCUUGCACUUUUGUUGUUGCUCUAAUGCAGAAAAACAGGCGUAAAGAACGCAAGUUGGGUGCAAAUCUCUUCACUAUUGGAUUUUCCAUCUACGAGGUUCCAAAGGAGAUGCACGGAAACAAGCAGCACAUGCAGAAGGAGUUCUUCGUGUCUAGCACCUCUAAGGCUCGUUCCAGGGCCUACAUUAACCUGCGCGAGGUGACCCAGCGUUUCCGCCUGAGCCCUGGGGAGUAUGUCAUCGUUCCCUCCACCUACGAGCCCCACCAGGAAGGCGAGUUCAUCCUCCGCGUCUUCUCUGAAAAGAGAAAUACGUCUGAGGAGAUAGAGAACAGGAUUGAAGCUGAUCAUCCAGUGCCGGCUCCGGCUUCGACUGGGGAAGAGAGCGAGGAGGACCAGCAGUUCCUGUCUAUUUUCCAGCAGAUCGCGGGGGACCUAAUGGAGAUCUCAGCUAAUGAACUCAAAGAUGUCUUGAACAAGGUGGUGUCUAAACACAAGGACAUACACACUGAGGGCUUCAGUCGAGAGAGCUGUAGAAGCAUGAUUGCCCUCAUGGAUAUGGAUGGAAAAGGAAGAAUGAAUCUACAAGAGUUUAGACACUUGUGGAACAAAAUCAAACAGUGGCAGGGAAUCUUUAAGCAAUAUGACUUUGAUCACACUGGCACUAUCAGCAGCUAUGAGAUGAGAAACGCCAUCAAUGAUGCAGGGUUCCGUCUGAAUAACCAGCUCUAUGACAUUAUCACCAUGCGCUACGCCAAUGAAAACAUGAAUGUCGACUUUGACAGUUUUGUCAGCUGCCUUGUGCGACUGGAGGGGAUGUUCAGAGCAUUCCAGGCCUUUGAUCAAGGUGGAGAUGGCACCAUCAGACUUAAUGUACUGGAGUGGCUUCAGCUAACCAUGUACGCAUAGACCAGCUACGGAUCCAGGUGAGCCCGGACUCGGCAAGGACCAGAACUACCAGCUCUU